GGAAGGCUAAAAUAAAUUACAAUUCGCGGCAGUUGCGACAGGUCUAUUCGUGCGCACGCGCGAGUUUGUAAUAUUUUCGUCGAACGAACAAGAAGCAUGCGCUACCCGCCAGUCUGUUUCAGUGAGUACUUGCGAUUAACGACUGCUUUAAUAACCUUUCACAGCUUUUAUUUUAACGUGUAACUUGCAUAAAAGUGCAAUUUAAAACAAUUAAAUUUUUUACGAAAUGACUCUUGACAUUGGCAUCGUGCUUAUUUUAGUAUUUCGAACUUUUAUUCAGCAUUAAGGGCAGAGGUUAGGUGGCGUUUGUUGAUACGAGUAAUCUAGUAUACAACAGCGACUGUUAUCAGCAAUUGGAUAGAAUAGAAUGAAUUAUGAAAUGGUUCGUGUCAUUUAUUGACAAGAACUUCCAAUCAAACGUAUGCCGCACUAACGCAUAAAAACAUUUUGUAAAAUGGAUAACCGAGCAAUCGUAAUUAAGCCUAAUCCUCGAGAAAAAGCCAAUAUUUUUUCUACUCUCACUUGGACAUGGACGUACGAUAUAUUCAGAAAAGGUUUUAGUAAAAUUUUAGGAAUAGAGGAUUUAUACGAUCCCGUGAGUACAGACACAUCAACUGUACUUGGCGAUCGUUUGGAAAAACAAUGGUUCGCAGAACUAGAAAGAGCCAAAAGAAAAAAACGCCGUCCAAGCUUCCAAUGGGCAAUUUUCCGAACAUUUGCACGCGAAUAUUUUAUCCUUGGCCUUUAUCAGAUACUCAAUGAAUUCUUUUUGAGGUUCGCCACGCCAAUGCUCUUAGGUGCCUUAUUACAAUAUUUCAAGCCAGAAACUAAAGUCACAUAUGAAAUGGCAUUAUAUUAUGCCGGCGGCAUCGCUCUUGUGAGCUUCAUCAAUGUGCUUUCUCAAAGUCAAACUAUUUUUGGCGGAUUCCAUUUGGGAGGGCGUAUCAGGAUUGCAGUUUGCUCAGUUGUAUAUAGAAAGGCUUUACGUUUGAGUAAAACCGCAUUAGGCGAGACAGCGCCUGGAAAAAUAGUCAAUUUGGUAGCUAACGAUGUUAAUAGAUUCGAUCUCGUAUCUGUUUUGAUCCACCACAUGUGGUCAGCGCCUUUAGCGGCAAUUAUUAUUAUGAUACUAUUGUACUUGGAAAUUGGUUGGCCGGCGCUCGUUGGGAUGUUCAUUAUAUUUUUAGUUGUGCCGUCCCAAGGUUAUUUGGGCAAGUUAUCGUCAAAAUUCCGACUGCAAACUGCGCUCAAAACAGACGAACGCGUACGAUUGAUGGACGAAAUAAUAUCGGGUGUACAAGUUAUCAAGAUGUACGCCUGGGAGAAGCCAUUCUGCGCCUUUGUGGAGCUUGCACGUCGUCUCGAACUCAGUGUCGUGAGAAAAAGCUCUUACUUACGUGGCAUUUAUAUGACCUUCAACCUCUUCACCACGCGAGCUGCUUUGUUUGGUACUUUAAUAACGAUGAUGCUCAGAGGUCAAGAACUUAAUGCCGAUAAAGUAUUCGUUUACAUGUCGUAUUUCAACAUGAUGUCCAUAACAAUGACUAGUUAUUUCGUGCGUGGAAUCGCCGAGCUUGCCGAAAGCAGUGUUGCCGUCAACAGGUUGCAGCACUUUUUAUUGUACGAGGAGUUUGAGACGGCUAAUGUCAGCAAUGAAAAUUCAAAGUUGUCGAAGAAAUCCAAAUCGAAGUCCGAUCUUCCGCAUAUUGCCGAAAAUAUCAGUCAUGAUGAAGAACAGUCGCGCGAACAGUCGAGGCAGAAUACAGUUUUGCAAGCCAACGAUCUACUGGAAAAUUCAAGGAAAAACAAACGAAGCGGCAGUGUGAACAAACACGAAUGUUCACGAAACGAAAAUUGGGCGGUGAAAUUAGACCACGUGACAGCCAAAUGGGAGUUUUACUCCACCGAGACAACUCUUAAAGAUAUUACAUUAGAAGUUGAAAAAGGCAAACUGUACAUUGUGAUUGGCAUGGUAGGUUCCGGAAAAAGCUCGCUCAUUUCUACAAUCUUAGGCGAAUUAAAACUGAUUGAUGGCAGUACGUCAGUGAAAGGACCUAUAAGUUUCGCCGAUCAAGACGCGUGGGUGUUCGGAGCAACUAUUAGACAGAACAUUAUCUUUGGACAAAAGUACGAUAGGCAUAGAUAUCAGAAAGUGGUAAAAGUCUGUGCUCUUGAAAGUGAUUUCCAACAAUUUCCGGAUGGAGAUCAAACGGUCGUUGGCGAGCGAGGAAGUUCUUUGUCGGGUGGGCAACGUGCGAGAAUUAAUUUGGCUAGGGCUAUUUAUCGCCAGGCUGACAUUUAUCUUUUAGACGACCCGCUAAGUGCGGUCGAUGCUCACGUGGGAAAACAUUUGUUCGAAGACUGUAUCCAAAAGUACUUAUCCGGAAAAACUCGUAUUUUAGCGACACAUCAACUUCAGUAUCUCGAAGGCGCAGAUUCUAUAAUUCGAUUAGACCAAGGGAAGUUUGAACAAUUCGCCAGUCAUCAGGAGCUUUUGCAAGCUUAUCCUGAAUACAAUUCUAUGAUCGCUGAAGAAGAGUCUAUGGAACCAAUCACUGAAACUUCCAUCGAGAAAGUCAAUAUGAAACGCAAAUUCUCCACAGCUAGUACAAGAAGUCGAACAACCGACAAUGGAACUGAAACCGACGGAAAUGAUCAUGCUGAUGAGAGCAAUGCGCAACAAUAUGGACUCUUAGAGGAUACAUCUCGCGGUGUUGUUAAGGGUCAUCUUUUAGUAAAAUAUAUCAGAUCGGGCACAAAUAGCUUUGUAGCACUUUUGCUGCUAUUCCUUUUUGUAGCUACUCAAUUUUGCGUCAGUUUGUACGAUUAUUUCAUUCCUAUUCUUCUCACUGCGGAAGAAUCCCGUUUUCACUACAGCCGAGUACAUGAGCUUGAAAAUAAUAGCUUCUAUAGUAAAACUGAAGAACUAAACGAAAACAUAAACUCAACAUUUAUUAAAGAAGAAGAUAUUCUAACACAACACACAUACAUGUACAUCUACACAGCAAUCUUAUUAUCGAUCUUCCUUGUCGGCAUCACGAGAUCAUUUGUGUUCUACACGAUCUGCAUACGUUGCAGUCAGCAUCUUCAUGACUACGCUUUUGGUGCUUUUAUUCGCGCGACAAUGAGGUUCUUUGAUAAAAACCCAAGUGGACGAAUACUUAAUAGAUUUUCCAAAGAUUUGGGUGCGAUUGAUGAACUUUUGCCGAAAGCUAUACUCGACGUUGGUCAACUUUAUUUGAUGAUGUUCGGUUCGCUCGUGGUUACCAGUGUGGUAAAUCCCUUGUUUUUGGUGCCGAUAUUGCUGAUUGGUGUAUUGUCAUAUAUUUUGCAGAAGAUUUAUCUUAAAACUAGUAUGGAUAUCAAAAGACUCGAGGGAACGACUCGAUCGCCUGUAUUUACUCACUUGAAUGCUACCCUGAACGGAAUUACAACAAUAAGAGCGUAUCAUUCGGAAAAGAUUCUUAAAGCAGAAUUCGAUAGAUUACAAGACACGCACACUUCCACGUGGUACAUUUACAUUGCUACAAGUACUGCUUUUGUAUUUUCUUUGGAAUUUUUCUGUUUCGUCUUUAUCUCUUUGGUCACUUUUAGUUUUCUAUUUCUAAAAGAUACUUUCAGUGGUGGAGUUGUCGGUUUAGCAAUAACUCAAGUAAUGUCGAUGACGAUUUUACUUCAGUGGGGUCUGCGUCAAAGUGCUGAAAUAACAAAUCAAUUGAUGUCAGUCGAACGAGUGCUUGAAUAUUCUCAGUUACCGUCUGAGCCGAAUUUAUGCGACAGAGGGAUCUUAGCAAAAAAGCAAAAAGUACAGCAAGUAGAUAAGCAGUUCAUUGAGCCACCAGUGGAUUGGCCAGCUCAUGGCAAAAUUGAAUUCAAAAACGUGUUUAUGCGUUAUUCUGAUGAUGAUCCUCCGGUUCUUCAAAGUCUUACUUUGAUAAUUCAACCUAAUGAAAAGGUGGGAAUCGUAGGUAGAACAGGAGCUGGUAAAUCAUCUCUCAUCUCCGCCCUGUUUAGAUUAGCUCCGAUAGAGGGCAUUAUUGAAAUUGAUGGUAUCGAUACAAAUACUAUUGCUUUGGAAGAUCUAAGAAAAAAUAUAUCGAUCAUCCCUCAAGAUCCGGUACUCUUCUCCGGAACAUUACGUCGCAACUUGGAUCCAUUCAACGAGUUUCCGGAUGAACUUUUAUGGGAAGUUUUGGAAGAGGUCGAGUUGAAGGACUCGGUGAAAUUGACCGGCAAUGGUCUCGAUAAUCGGGUACUCAACAGAGGUUCGAAUUACAGCACUGGUCAGCGACAACUGAUAUGCUUAGCUAGAGCCAUUCUCCGUAACAAUAGAAUUCUAAUGUUGGAUGAGGCAACCGCUAACGUUGAUCCACACACCGAUGCACUUAUUCAGCGAACUAUUCGUUCUAAAUUUGCGAGGUGUACUGUGCUCACUGUUGCGCAUCGAUUGAACACUAUUGUGGAUAGUAAUAAAGUGUUAGUUAUGGAUAAAGGUUGUUCAGUGGAAUUUGAUCAUCCUCACAAACUACUUCAAAAUUCAAAUGGUUCAUUCACAUUGUUGGUGAAAGAAACUGGUCAAGCUAUGUAUGAACAGCUUAAAAAAACAGCUCGUGAUGCUUACUUUGCUGAAAACAGCCAUGCUUAAGGGGGUGUAAUGACAAUUCUAAUCAAAGUUUUAAUAUAAUAUAAAAAAAAUUAGUUUGCUGAAUGAUAUUCGACAUUUCUAAAUAGUGUAAAGAAUACAAAAUUGUAUAAUUGUAUUAUAACUAAUCUAUCUUUAUCAGGAUUUUAUAUGAUGAUUUCCAUUUUUUAUCAAUUAAAUAACACGCUGACAGGUAAUCGUAACAGAAAUUUAAUAAUAAUAAUCAUCAUAAUUUGUAUUGAACUUAUAUUCAUGAACAGUUUACUACAAUCAAGUUACUAUUUUACCAGAUUUUAGUAAAAUGUAUUUGGAAAAUAUGCCGUUAAUAAAUAGUAUUAAAAAAAUCAAAAAUCAUCAUGUUAAAUGAUGCUGGAAUAAUUAGUACUAGAUUACCAUCGGUGAAAUGGAAAAUAUCGUUUUUAAAUAUAACUGGAUAAGAGAAAAAGUGAAUAAAAUAAAUAAUUAAAUUUUUAGUUUUUUACAUCGUAAAG